UGAUGACAAGCAGAGCCAUACUUUCGAACCAAUCAAAUUGGUUUGUAAUUAAAUAUACAAAAACCCUAAAUACUGCUAUUUUCUUCUCAAAAGACAAAUAGCGUUUGCCCUAAUUCGAAAUGGCGGCGGCUCCUCAACUGUCGGCGGGAGAUGGGUACGGCAAGUUCCGAAAGCGGGCGUUUAGAAGAGCGCAGACGACGCCGUAUGAGAGACCGCGAACGAACCCUAAGAGUAAUGGGUGGUUAUCGAAGAUAGUGGAUCCGGCGCAGAGGCUGAUUACGUACAGCGCUCAUAAGCUUUUUGCUUCUGUUUUGCAGAAACGGUUGCCUCCGCCAGUGCCAAAUGAUGCGGACCAAGAUUCACCUUCUGCCGGAGAUGGGCUUGCAGAUCUGGAGCUGACUCUCAAGCAAAAGAAAUUCACCAGGUCUGAGAUUGACCGGUUGACAGCCAUACUACACUCAAAAAACAAUGAUCUGCCUAUUGCAAAUGAAGAUAAGAAAUAUGCAGUGUUCCCUACAAAAGGGGUGUCAUUAUACGAUGGGAAGGGUGAACUCCCAAAUACUCCGAUGAAAGAUAAUGGACUCGACAGCCAACACAUUCCAACUCCUAUUGUUAGUUCAAGUGUCCUUGAUGAGGAUGUUGCCUCACCUGCAGAGCUUGCAAAAGCUUAUAUGGGUGGCAGGCCUUCUAAAGUAUCACCAUCGGUGCUAGCAUUGCGCGGUCAACCUGUAGGGGAGAAUGCAGUUGCAAAAAUUAAUGGACCAUUUGCUUCCAAGCCGCCAAUCAUGUCAGAUGUUUCAAGGUCUUCGAGUCUUGUUGUGCCUGUUGACAAUUGUUUUGCAACACCAAGGUCUCGAGGCCGUUCUGCUAUAUACAGCAUGGCUAGAACACCAUAUUCCAGACUUCACUCAACCUUCACUCUCCAGCGUGGUGGUACUGAAAUGGAUGCUUUUAGUGUACCAUCAUCAUCUUCUCAAAGCAUCUGGGAGAGCAGCAGAUAUUCUGGAUCUAAACAAGGGGAUUUAAAGCGAAGGAGUUCAGUUUUAGAUAAUGAUAUAGGCUCUGUUGGUCCUAUUCGCAGAAUUCGUCAAAAAUCGAAUCUCUUAACUUCUUCUGGAGCUUUUUCUGGUCGUGGAACUGGCCUUGGUUCCGAUGCUGUUGUGCAUCCUUCACCACAGAAUCGGAUUUUAGUUAAUAAACCAUCAAUAGGAAAUGGGGAUAGUAGUAUUCUUGGUUCAGGUAUCACCUCCAUCCCAUCCAAGUCCAGCGAGAUGGCUUCAAAAAUAUUGCAGCAACUGGAUGUGUUAGUUUCUUCAAGGGAUAAGUCGCCAAUGAAGUUGUCACCAUCCAUGCUACGUGGUCCAGCUCUUAGAAGUCUAGAUACCAUAGAUUCUUCUAAGAUCCUUGAUACUGUUCAAGAUAAUAAUAUUAGGUUGGAUGUUAAACAUGAUGAAUCAUUACAUAAUGCAAAAGGUGAUGUGUCUCAAAAGCAAGAUAAAGAUAAGGAAAAUGGUCCAGUUAGGCUUACUGCUUUACAUGAAAAGUCUCCUGCCAUAAAUGGGGUAAUACCCACAAGUUCAGUGAAGAAUAAUGCAUCUGAAGUCAAAGCAAUAUCUUCCGAGAUGAACUCUGUUGUGCAGGCUCCAGAGAAGAAGUAUGCUUUCCUGAUGAGUGCACAUGAGGAUUAUUUGGAGCUUGAUGAUGAUAAUCAAUAUGAUAGGACCACAUCUGCAGAACUGUCCAAGGAGAAAGAGAAGCUAGAUAUCAAUGUGGCUGAAAAUAGGACCAGUUUAGCUUUAGCCAGUACAUUGGAGAAGCCUGCAGAAGCCAAAUCUCGUGCUAGCCAAACACCUCCAGGAGACUCUGUUGGGUUAGUAGUUGCUGAAAAAAGAGUUUUCGUUGCAGACCAGGUUGCUCCUCUACCUGGUGCUACCAACCAGCAGUCUGUGGAUGACAAGCUGCCAACUCUAAGAUCUGAUAAGGUCUCAUCACCAAAAGAAUCCAAUGCUCCUCCCCUGUUUAGCUUUGGUGAUAAAGUUGUUUCCUCCAAGGAAUCAAAUGGUUUUCCUCCAUUGAAAUUUGGUUUUAAAAGUGAAGGUGCUAUACCACAGUUUUCAUUUUCAACAUCAGCAGCUGCUGCUUCCAUCUCGCCAGUUGUGACGAACUCCGCGAGCCUGAAGCCUGCCAUUUUUUUGGAUCCUAAAUCAGAAAGUUCCAGCAGCUUUGCAUUUGAUGCAACAAAGUCUCAUCAGAUGAAAGAAGCUGAAUCAGAUAAAGCUAUAGAUAAGAACAAUUUGAAAGCUGGUGUCUUGUUCAGCUCGACUGAAACUGCAUCAUCAUCACCAGCUGCAAGUGCAUUCUCAUUUGGCUUGCUGAGCAAUGCUGCUUCUAGUGUAAAUGGUUCCCUUUCAUCUACCACCCCUUCAUUUUCCUCUUCUGCUCAUGGUUUUAGUAUUGCUGGUGAAAACACAUCAAACAGCUGUGCAAAUGGCGGUGUUAUCAAUGCUACAACUAGCUCAAGUUCAGACUUCACCAACCUCCCUCUAACAGCUUCAGCACCUUCCUUUCCUGCUUUUAAAUUUAGUUCCUCUGUGGCUGAAACAACUUCGACCUCAUCUAAAACAGCAGCUAGUGGUGUAGAAUCCAAAAGGAAUGAAACAAUUAGUAUUCCUUUUGGCACUGGGGGGGCUACUUGUUUUAGCGGUUCAUCUUCUGGAACGGAAAGCACAAGAAGUAGCAUUUUUAGUGGUACAUCAUCUACUGUUGCAAGUGUUGUCACAAACACUGGAAGCAGCACAUUUAACUUCAAUGCUUCUUCAGCUGCUUUGACUAGUCAAUCUCAGGGGUUUAAUCCUUUUGGUCCUCAGGCAUCUGCAACUGGUAGUACUGUUGUUUCAACUUCAACCGAGAGUGUGCCCAUUCAGUUUGGCUCGACUGCACCAUCUCCUUUUGGUUUUACUGCAAACACAGCAUUUUCGUCUUCAGGAAGUUCCGCUAGUAAUCUGUUCAGUUCUGUUGCUACUUUUGGGUUAACAUCAUCAUUGUCAUCAUCAUCUACUUUGGAGUCCAAGCCUGUUAGCUCGACCAUUAGUAGUACACCAGUGUUUGGUUCUGGCUGGGCAACAACUAAAUCUCCUGCAUUUGGUUCAUCCUCCUCCUCCUCCUCCUCUACUGGGUUUGUGUUUGGAGCAUCCUCAGCAGCUUCAAGUGCUGCUGUUACUACUAGCACCGCGUUUGGAUCAUCAUCUCCUAGUGUUUUUAACUUCAGCUCAUCUGCUUCAAGUAAGCCUGCAUUUGCUAGCAGCCCAAGUCCUGCUGCCCUCACCUUUGGUAGUAAUGACCAAAUGAGCAUGGAGGACAGCAUGGCAGAAGACACGGUGCAGGCAACAUCUGCUGUCGCUGUAUUUGGUCAACAAUCGAUUCCACCAUCAUCUGGCUUUAUAUUUGGUUCUACGACUCCAACUGCGGGGAAUCAAUUUGUAUCUACACCUGCAGUUCCACAAGCAACGAAUCCCUUUCAGUUUGCUGGGCAGGCAGCACCGCAUAAUAACCAGACUCCAUUUCAGGCAUCUGGUAGUCUAGAGUUCAAUGCUGGAGGGAGCUUCUCAUUGGGCAGUGGUGGUGAUAAGUCCAGUAGAAGGAUUGUCAGAGUAAGCAGAAAAACUCAGAGGAAGAAAUGAACAUGUAAUUAGUAUAAAUUUGCGCCCUCAGAUUGCUAUUUCAUGCGCGCUGGUGGUCACAAUUUUGUACCAGUUUUCUUACCAAUUCUAAGAAUAUUUGUACUGUUAUCAGUGAUAGGAAUUCAUGGUCUCUCCUUGUCAUAUUUGUAAUGUAACAUAAACAGAAAUUUAUGUGAAUUUGCUUACUGACGUCUUCACCAAAUUCUUAUAUUAUGAUUUAUUUUAUUUUA